CACAAUAAGCCUUUGAAGUUUAAGGAAUCAACAGUUCCUUAAGUAGACUUAUGUUAGCCGUAUAUGUUAUAAUGCAGUCUACGCUAACAAAGUUCCCUGAAUGGUGGUUAAGAGAGUAUAGAUCCUUGAAGAGUAUUAUAUGUAAAAUAUAGCCAUCUUAGUGUAUCAAUCAAAGCUAGGAAUACUAAGAAGGACUAAUAAAGUGACCUACUUUAUUAACUCUGGAAUGAUGAAGAGCACAUGCACUAGAGUUUGGUGGUAUCCAUAGUGUCUAUGAACUCAGGAAUGCUUCAACAUGAGGGCUUAUACAGCUUUGAUAUCUUCGACUACAAGCAAUCCGUUCACCGUUGACCUUUGGCUUUCCUAAGCAGCCAUCUUCUUGUUCAUCCUUUUAUUUCGGUAUUUAAGGCUGCCUUGUGUUUAUCGUUUGUUCAUAUCAGGAGCAAUGACCAGUGGUUACCACUCCUUUUUGGGCUUGGCCUUUAUGUCACUUUGUUAUAUUCAAUUAGUAUCAUCCACUUCAGAUGUUUACAUUGUCUAUUUAGGGCUUAAAGAUGUUCAAGAUCCUAUUCUCACUUCAGAUUACCAUCUCGACCUCCUUUCCGGUGUCUUUCAAAGAAAAGAAGAUGCAACGCGAUCCAUGGUUUAUAGCUACAAACAUAGUUUCUCGGGCUUUUCUGCAAAGAUAAAUUCAACACAAGCAGCCACCUUAGCCGGAAUGGAACAAGUUAUAUCAGUGUUCAAGAGCCGCACAUUGCGGUUACACACAACUAGAAGCUGGGAUUUCAUGGGUCUCAACUUGAACCCUACUGCCGAUAAUUCAAAUCCAUUGCAACUAACUCAUGGGGACAACACAAUUGUUGGCUUGUUCGAUACGGGCAUCUGGCCAGAAUCUAAGAGUUUCCAUGAAGAGCCUAACAUGCAUCCAAUUCCAAGAACUUGGAAAGGCAAAUGUGUUAGCGGACAGAAUUUCAAUCCCAAAACAGCCUGUAAUCUAAAGCUCGUUGGGGCCCGUUAUUACCUCAAAGGAUACGAGCUAGAACAUGGCCCUCUAAAUGCUAGUGAGACCUCAGAAUAUCGAUCACCACGUGAUGCAAACGGACACGGGACCCAUACUGCUUCGACAGCGGUAGGGUCCACUGUUAAAACAGCUAGCUUUUUUGGGUUUGGGCAGGGUAUGGCUAGAGGAGGUGCGCCUAGAGCAUGGUUAGCAGUGUAUAAAGUGUGUUGGGGGGAUGGGAGGUGUAGUGAAGCGGAUAUUUUAGCAGCUUUUGAUGAAGCAAUUAAUGAUGGAGUUAAUUUGAUAUCAGCUUCUUUUGGUUUACCGCCACCACUGCUUCCGUUCUACUACUCGAGUAACGAUAUUGGGUCGUUCCAUGCUAUGGAGAAGGGUAUUAGUGUCAUUUUCUCAGCAGGAAAUAGUGGACCGAAUCCAUCUUUGGUCCAAAAUGUUGCUCCUUGGAGUACAUGUGUUGGUGCUUCAUCUAUUGAUCGGAAUUUUCCAACACGCAUAGUAUUGGAUAAUUGUCUUUCUUUCUUGGGUGAAAGCUUUAAUACUAAACAUAUAGACGCAAAUCUUGUUGGAGCUCGCAGAUAUUUCCGUGGAGGGAUAUGCAAUAUGGAUAUGUGGAGAAACAGGAGUGCAGUCGGGGCGGUGAUCCUGUGCUUCUCAACCCAAGGACCGGUUGCGAUUGAAGAUGCAGAAGUAGCAGCCUGGAUUGCAAACGCCGCAGGAUUGAUCUUUGUAGACUCGCCUACUCGUCAAUAUGUUGAUGUGGAUAUAAUCCCCACCAUCCGUAUUGAUAUGAUUCAAGGCAGUAAACUUUACAGUUAUCUAUCUCAAAGCAUAACGAACCAUACUAAGGUGCGCAUAUUUCCAAGUAAGACGGUAAUCAAACAAUCACCAGCACCUGUUGUCGCAGAUUUUUCAUCAAGAGGCCCAAGCGCGAUCUCACCCGAUAUUCUCAAGCCGGAUAUAAGUGCUCCAGGAAUCAGCAUAUUAGCAGCAUGGCCUCCUGGAAUAUCUCCAACUAGAACAGAUGUUGAUCAAAGAUCUACAGAAUGGAAUUUCCAGUCAGGAACAUCAAUGUCAUGCCCUCAUGUAUCAGGUGUAGUCGCCCUCCUCAAAUCAGCGCAUCCCGAUUGGUCUCCAGCGGCCAUUAAAUCUGCCUUGAUGACAACAGCCUACAACAAGGACAAGAAUUAUGAUACCAUAUUAUCUGGUGGAACAAAUGAAGAAUCUAGUCCAUUUGACAUAGGAGCCGGCCACCUUAACCCGUUAAAAGCCAUGGAUCCCGGUCUAGUUUACGACAUGAAUGCUGACGAUUACAUCCUCUUCCUCUGCAACAACGGCUACACAAAAGAUCAAAUCAAGAGAAUAGUAAGCCUCCAUCCGGGGACUAAUGUAAACUGCCCACAAGAACACACGACCAACGCGAAUCUAAAUUAUCCAUCCAUCACAGUUUCUAAUCUCCAAUCUACCAUGACUAUCAAACGGACGGUUCGAAAUGUCAGUUACAAGAAAACAUCCAUUUACUUUGCUAGCAUUGUUAGUCCUCAUGGGGUGGAGGUUACAGUUUGGCCAAGAAUCUUGUUUUUCUCGUAUUUUUCAGAUGAAAGUUCAUACUAUGUGACUCUUAAACCACAAAAGUUGUCACAAGGGAGAUAUGAUUAUGGUGAGAUUGUUUGGUCUGAUGGGUUCCAUACAGUUAGGAGUCCAGUAGUUGUGUGUGUUAAUACUGCAACUGAUCUUGCUUUCGCUAUUGAUGAAUCUUCUCAACCUCUUGAUCAAUCUGUGGCUGGUGCUUAGAUAAAUACAGUGUCAAUUACUUGAACCAGUUUUUAGUGUUUUCUUUGAUCAGUUGAAUUUGACCCCUAAAAGUUGAAUAAUAAAUAGUGUUAAUUGCAGUCUCGCCUGUUACAUUGCCAGAUUUUCAUUGCAAUAUUUUACAUCCUUCAAGUUAGUUAC